CUAAAAAAACAACAACAAAAAACACCUGAUCUAAGCAAUAUUAAACCAUUAAACUGUAGCAAUAUUUAUAACAACUCUAAACAUGAACACAUUGGGUUUCCUGUAUUAAGCUCAGGAAAAAAUAAUAAAGUAAUUAAAAAAAUAUAUGAAUGAAUGUCACGUGACCGUAGGCUACAUAUAUGCGAUGACCGUUGUUAUUUGUAUCAGAUGACCGUUGUGAUUUCCUCAGCCUACUGUACCCUCAACAUUUUUUGAUCAUUUUCCUCACAUUAAUAACCUGUAAAUAGAACCAGUUGUAUAUAUUAAGUUCCUGUUCAUUCAUGACAUGUCUUUCUACUACUGUUGUUUUAAAAGUUAAUUAGUCGUCUUUAAGUUUGUUUGUAGUUUGUCGUUAGUUCAUCAAGUGGUUGAAAGUUAUCCAUUACCAUCCGUCAACCAACUAAAGGUAUGUACAUUAUGUUAAUGCAUUAGACUUGGUAGGCCAGUAAACAAACAACAAAAAAAUAGGUUUGUUUGUAUUAAGGUCUUAAUACUAUGGCUUCAAAUGAACCAUCCUAUUGGACACUGAGACGAAAAGCAAAGGACAAGGUGGAUCAGCAACUGCAGACAAUACAGGCAACAACUUGGGGGAAAGAAUUCGGUUGGAUGCACAGUAAAACCGUUCAAGGUCAAAAUGAUGAUGACGAUACAUUCAUGGACUGUCUCUCUCAUGUUGAUGAGACUGAAGAUGUCAGAAGUGUUCCUGAUGACACUGAAUCAGACACAGAAUCAGAAUCAGAUCCAAAUUCAUUAGAUGAUGAUUUGGCAUCCUGGGCUACUGAACACAAAAUUACACAUGUGGCAUUGAAUUCAUUGCUCAACAUUCUACGGCUACACAGUUUAAAUCUACCAAAAGACUCGAGGACAUUGCUAGGAACUGUGCGUUUAAACCCUGACAUACAAGACAAGGCUGGUGGCCAGUAUUACCAUUUCGGAGUGCUGAAUUCAAUUGCAGAGGUGCUACAUCAGAAUGUUGACAUUCUGCGCAACAUUCACACGCUGGAGCUUCAGGUCAGCAUUAAUGGUUUGCCUCUCUAUAAGAGCUCAGCAACACAGUUCUGGCCCAUCCUAGGGACACUGCAAAACAUCAAACAAGAGGAACCAGUGACAAUAGGUUUAUUUUGUGGCACAAGUAAACCUACAUCCCUAGCAGAGUACCUUCAAGAAUUCAUCUCUGAAGUAAAUGAAUUAGCUAAAGGAUUUGAAUUCGAUGGAGUGAUGUUCAAUUUAAUACUCUCUUCGAUGGUCUGUGAUGCACCUGCCCGUGCAUUCCUGAAAAAUGUUAAAGGUCACACAGGCUAUCACGGAUGUGAAAAAUGCACACAGGAUGGUUUGUACCUAGAAAAUAGAAUGACAUUUCCAAGAACUGACAUGCCUUUAAGAACUAAUGAGAGCUUCAGAAAUAAGACAGAUGCUGAUCAUCAUCAUGGUCCAUCACCUCUUGAAGAAACAUCCCUAAACAUGGUCUCUGGUUUCCCCCUUGACUACAUGCACCUUGUGUGCCUCGGAAUCAUGAGACGGCUUCUUCUCUUGUGGCUUAAGAUGGGUCCUCUGACUUGUAGGCUGUCAGGAUUUCAAAUAAACACAUUGUCAGAAAGACUGUUAAAUGCUCGGAGAAGUGUGCCCAUGGAGUUUGCAAGGAAACCAAGGGCACUGAGAGAAAUUGAUAGGUGGAAGGAAACCGAGUUUAGGCAGUUUUUACUGUAUACCGGACCGGUCAUGAUGAAAGAUCUCCUGAACACAGAGGUGUACAAAAAUUUCUUGCUACUUUUUGUGGGAAUCCUGUGCAACAACAGUUUGAUUGAAGAAUACUGUGAUUAUGCCAAUGACUUACUGAUGAUGCGAAAAAGCAUGGUGUCCUUGACAACUUCAGUGCUUUCAAGUAUGAGAAUCACCUAA